UCCUUGCAGUCCUCCUGUCGAGCCAGCAGGAACACAGUGAGCGGUUACUUCCUCGCGGGCCGGGACAUGACAUGGUGGCCGAUCGGAGCCUCCCUCUUUGCCAGCAGCGAGGGUUCCGGCCUCUUCAUUGGACUGGCCGGCUCAGGCGCAGCUGGAGGCCUGGCUGUGGCAGGUUUUGAGUGGAAUGCCACCUACGUGCUGCUGGCCCUAGCGUGGGUUUUUGUGCCUAUCUACAUCUCCUCAGAGAUCGUCACCAUGCCUGAAUACAUCCAGAAGCGCUACGGAGGCCAGAGGAUGCGCAUGUACCUGUCUGUCCUGUCCCUGCUGCUGUCUGUCUUCACCAAGAUAUCGAUCGACCUGUACGCGGGGGCUCUGUUCGUGCACAUCUGCCUGGGCUGGAACUUCUACCUGUCCACCAUCCUCAUGCUCGCCAUCACCGCCCUGUACACCAUCGCAGGCGGCCUGGCUGCUGUGAUCUACACCGAUGCCCUGCAAACGCUCAUCAUGGUGGUGGGGGCUGUCAUUCUGACGGUCAAAGCUUUCGACCAGAUCGGCGGGUAUGAGCAGCUGGCAGCGGCCUACGCCCAGGCCAUACCAUCCAAGACGGUUGCCAACACGACCUGCCACCUGCCGCGUGCGGAUGCCAUGCACAUGUUCCGGGACCCCCACACGGCGGACCUCCCGUGGACCGGGAUGACCUUCGGGCUGACCAUCAUGGCCACCUGGUACUGGUGCACGGGCCAGGUCAUCGUGCAGCGGUCGCUGUCUGCCCGGGACUUGAACCACGCCAAGGCAGGCUCCAUCCUGGCCAGCUACCUCAAGAUGCUGCCCAUGGGCCUGAUCAUCAUGCCAGGCAUGAUCAGCCGUGCACUGUUCCCAGAUGAUGUGGGCUGUGUGAUACCGUCCGAGUGCCUGCGGGCCUGCGGGGCCGAGAUUGGCUGCUCCAACAUCGCCUACCCCAAGCUGGUCAUGGAACUGAUGCCCAUUGGAUGCUCUGCUCAUCGGAGAAGAGAGGAAAGUGCAGGCAGACCGGGGGAGCUCUUGUUGAAGAGCUUGUGGAAUGAACAGGUGAAGCGUGGCUGCGUGGAGGGGCCUCGCGUGGAUGGGAACUGGUGCAGGCUGGUCAUCGUGGUGCUGAUCGGCGUGAGCGUGGCCUGGAUCCCGGUCCUGCAGGGUGCCAACAGCGGGCAGCUCUUCAUCUACAUGCAGUCGGUGACCAGCUCCCUGGCCCCCCCGGUGACCGCUGUCUUCAUCCUGGGCGUCUUCUGGCAGCGAGCCAACGAGCAGGGGGCCUUCUGGGGCCUGAUGGUCGGGCUGGCGGUGGGCGCCACAAGGCUGGUCCUGGAGUUCCUGUACCCUGCCCUGCCCUGCGGCGCCGUGGACACUCGGCCUGCUGUCCUGGGCAGCAUCCACUACCUGCACUUUGCCAUUGCCCUCUUCGCACUCAGCGGGGCCGUGGUGGUGGCCGGAAGCCUGCUGACGCCCCCACCCCCAGGGGCUCAGAUCCAGAACCUUACCUGGUGGACUCUAGGGAGGGACCUGCCCCCAGGAGCCAAAACAGCUGGCAGCCGGAAACAGGCUUUCUGGGCCCGGGUCUGUGGCCUCAACGCCAUCCUCCUCAUGUGCGUCAACAUCUUCUUCUACGCCUACUUCGCCUGAGGUGGCCGGGCCUGAGGCCGCCCCUUUCCCUAAUGAGGACACCAGCCCUGAGGCUGCCCGGCCAGCAAGGCGGGAGCCUGAAAAAUUCGGGAGGGAAUGGGAAUGGGUGAAAAGAAUGUGACACUUCAAAAGUGGCCCUCAUAUAACGGGCAAUAAAAGGCGAUUGCAGAGGA